UGCAUGGGGUAAUGCAAGGGGUGCCCUCUGCCGGGGGCCGGGGCGUCUCUUCGCUUUCCUGCUUGGAAGGAGUCCUGUUGUCAACAGCGUUCUUGUCAUUUUCCAACUCGUCCUCUUUCUAGAGGGGGAAUUGAAUAUUAUUUCCAGCUGCAGCCAAUUGUGCAUUGCAGGGUGCAUUGCUUUGCGGAGUAGGCGCUGACACAAGCUUGUGAGGAGAUGUCUAGACGAACCAAUGGGUGCGGGCGGCGAGUGAUACGAAGGAGGAGCGGGGCGAACAACGCAGGAUUCUCAACCAUGGCCUCCCCUUUGCACUCCCAGUCCAACCAGGGAAUUGACUCAACCGAUGCGUCAGGAAGCAGCUCUGACUCUGACAGCGGAGCAGGUUCCGCAGAUCUUGCUGGUGAGAGCGGAGGACAGCACAGUGACCCCUGUGGACACUACGAGCACUUCUCGUUCAGAAAGGAGGGCCUUAAGCGCGACUGGCUCUACGGUGUGGCAUCAAGAAGCCUCAAACCGGCGCGGCUUUGCUUUAGGAGAGGAGGAGUGGCCGGCACUGCCAGUUUUCGCGCCUCAAUCUGGAGCAAAGGCCGGUGUAAAGGCGGGCGGUGUAAAGGGAAGAAAGGCGCAGAGAACAGGAAAGAAGAGUGGGGCCUCUAGCCUGACUGUUCUAGCUAGCAAGGACUUUGCAGUAGCGAUAGACACGCGCGAGAACCUGAGGCUGACGAUCGCAAUGCAGAAGCGAGGAACCCCUGUACAGUGCCCCUCUGUCCUGGUACAUAACGAGGAGGAGAUUGACUUGAGCGGCACGUUCUUCGUGCGCCUUUUGGACGCAGAGUAUGCAGAGAUAGGGAGAGGGUGUGUAGAGUACAGCACAGCAUUGGGGCCUGAUGGCGCCUCUGUAUAUAACGUCACGGAUGGUAAGGUGUUUGUGGGGUACUUCUACCCUCAGGUUUCGUUCCACAACUUUGAGCUGGGGUAUGAGGCGACCAGGAUCUGCCGCGAGCCAAAUGCAGGGGGGCAAUCGACGGUCUCUGAGUCGCUGUCCGUGGAGUACUUCGUGCGCUCAUUUGGAGGGACGAAUGUGAUCACUGAGAUGGAGGUCGGUUACUGCAACCCCAACUGGAAGAAGGUGGAUUACAUCAUCGACAUCUUUGAUACGCGCAUGGGCGUCUCAGUCACACGCGCCAUGUCCUACCCUAACCCCAGUAACUUCUCUGAGGAGGACGCCCGUCGCCUGCUGUACAAGAAGCUGUACGGACUGGUCGUGGCUCAGCAGGGCGUCGCCGCUUCGCACACGUUCAUGAACUCCAUCCUGCACGUGUGGUGUGAAACGGCCCACACUGCGUCCAUCCUCCAGCGGGUGUACCCCAAGGUCGCGAUGGAACUAGACACGUCAGAAACGACGGUCGUGGUCUUGACCGUUGCCGAGGGGCAGAAGGCGCGGCCCAUUUUCUAUGAGAAUGUGCUGUGGAAUAGGCAGAAGUUUGGGGUGGGGGAUUUGGCACUGGCGGGGCAGACGCUGUGGCUGCAGUCGAGGGCCAAGUCGAUAUGCGUAUCAUGAUGGGUAGGGGUUUCGGCUGUGGGGUAGUGUAUAAAGGGGUUCGGGAAUAUGGGUGUACAGAUUAAGCGGUCAUUGAGGUGGCUGGGUAUAGAGGUGGUGGUUUUGGGUAAAUGUAUAGAGUUUGUACUAUCGAUUGAAUGUGUUUGGGGUUGUGGUGCAGUAUGUUCAGCUCGGCUAGAGGACAUACUGCUUAGAUUUUUGGUUCGUGUACAGUAGGAAAGGUCAGAAUAGAUACGAAAACAAUUAAGCGGCUGGUGACUUUGUCAAGAUUCAAAAGCACACAUACAACGGGCAAUUAGCCAGGUGCAAAAGGUGAAACACCAAUGCAGAUGGAAACCUGGCCAACGCUUUCUUCCUUCCUGGAAACUCAUGCACCAGAUAUAGCUGCCAAGUUGGGCGGAUCAUCUCCUGAGUGCAGUGCGCCGCGCUACUUCCAACGCUGGCCGGGCAAUGCUACCGUACGUCAC